AGGAUGACGACUUCGGGCGCUCUGUUCCCGAGCCUGGUGCCAGGCUCCCGAGGCUCCUCCACCAAGUACCUGGUGGAGUUCCGGGCGGGCAAGAUGUCCCUGAAGGGGACGACGGUCACCCCGGACAAGCGCAAGGGGCUGGUGUACAUCCAGCAGACUGACGACUCCCUUAUUCACUUCUGCUGGAAGGACCGGACGUCGGGCAGCGUGGAGGAUGACCUGAUCAUCUUCCCUGACGACUGUGAAUUUAAGCGGGUGCCUCAGUGCCCCAGUGGGAGGGUCUACGUGCUCAAGUUCAAGGCAGGAUCCAAAAGGCUCUUCUUUUGGAUGCAGGAGCCCAAGACCGACCAGGAUGAGGAGCACUGCCGGAAGGUCAACGAGUGCCUGAACAACCCCCCAAUGCCUGGUGCGCUGGGGGCCAGUGGCAGCAGUGGCCACGAGCUCUCUGCGCUCGGCGGUGAGGGUGGCCUCCAGAGCCUGCUGGGGAACAUGAGCCACAGCCAGCUCAUGCAGCUCAUCGGACCCGCUGGCCUGGGGGGACUCGGUGGGCUUGGGGCCCUGACUGGGCCGGGCCUGGCCAGCUUACUGGGGAGCGGAGGGCCUCCAGCCAGCAGCUCAUCAUCCAGCUCCCGGAGCCAGUCGGCUGCGGUCACCCCCUCCUCCACCACCUCUUCUGCCCGUGCCACCCCAGCCCCUUCUGCACCAGCAGCCGCCUCUGCGACCAGCCCGAGCCCCGCGCCCAGUUCAGGUAAUGGAACCAGCACAGCAACAAGCCCAACCCAGCCCAUCCAGCUGAGUGACCUGCAGAACAUUUUAGCCACUAUGAACGUGCCAGCAGGGGCAGGCGGCGGCCAGCAAGUUGACCUGGCGAGCGUUCUCACGCCGGAGAUCAUGGCUCCUAUCCUGGCCAAUGCUGAUGUCCAGGAGCGUCUACUGCCCUACCUGCCUUCAGGGGAGUCGCUGCCCCAAACCGCAGAGGAGAUCCAGAACACGCUGACCUCACCCCAGUUCCAGCAGGCCCUGGGCAUGUUCAGCGCAGCCCUGGCCUCGGGACAGCUGGGCCCCCUCAUGUGCCAGUUUGGUCUGCCUGCGGAGGCUGUGGAAGCCGCCAACAAGGGCGAUGUGGAAGCAUUUGCCAAAGCUAUGCAGAACAAUGCCAAGUCAGAGCCGAAGGAGGGUGACUCCAAAGACAGGAAGGACGACGAGGAGGACAUGAGCUUGGAUUAAG